CGUUUGCUCUUAUAGCUUCGUGUUGUUGUUUUGUUGUUAUUGUGGUUGUUUUUGGCUUCGGGCUGUCCUUUUUAAAUAGCUUCCCUCUUACAUAAAGCUGCUUGUGAAAGAAACAGUCCAGAGAAGGGGUUUGCUUCCUUUUCCUUUCUUUCCUUUUCCCUUCCAGGCAUUUAAAGAAAGGAACGAAAGAAAUGAAGGGAAACUGGACGGCCUCCAAAAAAGAGAGAGGAUCUCAAAGUCCAGCCAAGUAAACAACAGACUGGAUUUGCAUCAAGGUCCCUGUCGCUUUCCGGAGGAGGAGGAGAAGGAGGAAGAUCACAUGAUUGUUGUUGCUGGAAAGAAAGGAAGGAGGAAGGAAGGAAAGAAGAAGUAAAUCCUCGGAAAACAAGGAGGAAAGGCCUGGGAAUGGCAACCGUCAGCCAAGAACAGAUUCAGCAGUUCCACCAGGAUGGCUUCCUGGUCCUGGAGGGGUUCUUCAGCUCCGAGGCCUGCGAUGCCAUGCGUGCCCAGAUCCAGAGGGUCAUUUCCGGGAUGGAUGUGCCACCCCAUUGCCGCACCGAGUUCUCCACCAAAGAACAGGAGCAAUUGCAAGCCCAGGGCAGCGCCGAAUAUUUCCUCACCAGCGGAGACCAAAUCCGGUUCUUUUUUGAAAAAGGUGUUUUUGAUGCAAACGGGGAUUUCCUCGUCCCGAAAGAAAGGUCGAUCAACAAAAUUGGGCAUGCUUUGCAUGCCCACGAUCCUGUCUUCAAGGAAAUCACCCACUCCGAACAAGUCCAGGCCUUAGCAAGGCAAAUAGGGCUGGAAGAACCCGUGGUGGUGCAAAGCAUGUACAUCUUCAAGCAACCUGGCAUCGGAGGCGAAGUGACGCCUCACCAGGAUGCGACUUUCCUCUUCACGGAGCCCUUGGGGCGGAUAUUGGGCCUUUGGGUGGCUUUGGAAGACGCCACGCAAGAGAACGGCUGCCUCUGGUUCCUCCCCGGAUCACACACAAGGUUUCCGAGCGGCAUCCCGCGGCGAAUGGUCCGGACCCCGCCGGGGACGAUACCCUGCACCACCUUUGUCGGAACAGAGCCUACAUACGACAAUUCCCAAUUCGUCCCUGUAUCCGUCCAGAAAGGUGGUCUUGUCCUGAUCCAUGGGGAGGUGGUCCACAAAAGCGAAGCCAACCUCUCCGACAGAUCCCGCCACGUCUACACUUUCCACUUGAUGGAGGCCAAGGGUAGCACCUGGAGCCCGGAGAACUGGCUUCAACCAACUCCUGAGUUGCCUUUCCCGGCUCUGUAUACACAGAAUUAGAAGUUUUUGGAUGCUUAUGUUAUGGCUGCAUCACUCGGGAUCGAAGCCCUGCAAGGUCUGCGUCAUUUCAGUGUUGACAUGUAGGAAUGGGAGUCGCGUAGGAUGGGAACAACUAGCGAUGGAAACAGCGAGGCAAUCUCUUACUCUUGAUGCAUCGUCAUCAGCCAUUCGCUUCGUCGUCUGACUUCGGUUGAAGCAUUCCUUGCAUAGAAAAGUGUCUGGAUGGGAACCCUGCCUUGCACUUCUGAGAAGGUGAAGAAAAAGGAACGCAAAACCAAUAAACGAGUGCAGGGUCUGCACUCCUUCUUGACCAACA